GGACACUAGGAGAUAAGAGGGGCAAUGGAAGACUAAACAGUGGGGGAUAUCAAAGGGGAUCACGAGAUUUUGGUUUUUUUAAAAGAACACCACCCAGAUUUUUAUUUUUAUUUUUUGGAGGAAAAAAAUGGAUGCAUCUCAGCAUUGGAAAGCACGCACAACCCACUCUUGCAGUACCACGCAUAGGCCUGCACUUCGAAAAAUCCCUUUGCAACCCAUACUCGUCUUCAGAAAAGAGGACAGAAGAACAGUAAGGAGCAAUGCACCUUAUUCUUCAAAGUUCAAUGGCAAGAAGAACAGAAUUUUGAUUACAUAUUCCACUUAUUCAUCAAGGUGGUUUUCUUCUGGGGUGCAUCAUCCAUGGUUUCUUCAGCUUAUUGUGAUCAAACCAAUAAUGAGAAAGUGCCUCCUCCGGUUAAAGCUAUCAGUACCAAAAUGGAAUUCAAUCGAGUGAAUUGUCUUGUGUGGGUAUUGCAUGAGUCUGCUAGGAGCUUUUCCCACACGGUUGAAUCUUUUGAAUUGGCUAGAAGCGGUCCAGAGCUAGCAAUGGCUUGGGUGGGAGUUGAUGUGCAUGCCUAGCAUAAGCGCAUUGCCCAUCAGGUAUGCACUUACACAAAAACCAUUAGCACUAAGUGAUUAGGGUUCUUCCUCCAUAAACUGAUACAGAGUAUUAUGCUUGUACUUUUAUGACUUUCUUGUUGGCAAGAUAAAUUUAAAUACGAAUUAUACCAUUGUGGUAGGACAGGUAGCAGUUUAUGCUUUGUUAAGAACUGCAAUUGAACUGGAAUUCUUCCUUUCUCAUGGACGCUACAACAAUCCUUCUCUAGUUCGUGAGAUCUUGUCCCCAAUAAUAAACUCGGUCGAGCAGAACAUAGAAAGCCAGCUGAAGACAAGGCACCCAAAAUUGGUUGAAUGGUUUAGAAUGGUGGAACUGCCACGUAUAGCGGGAUUUUUCAUUCCAUUGUUGAAGAAGUGGUCUAUGGAAUAUGCUGGAAGGUUAGCUCACAGAAUUCUCAGCUUUUAGUAUAACAGUGUUGAAUCUUGGACAAAUUCCCACUGCUUUUACAGGUUUAUUUUUUCAUCUAGUACCUUGAAUUGGAAAAAUAGUAUAAAACACAAUAAUUUUCAGUGGUGUUGCAGGGAUUAUUCUGGCUAUAAGCUGCUGUGUGGCAGUAGGAAAAUUGGGUUCUGGCCAUAUUUCCUGCCCCUUGUUUAUAUCGUCUAUUGAGGACGCAUUAAUAGAGCUCAUGAAUUUGUCACACAGUCUUGUUUCAAUGGAUAAAUUGCACCAGUUAGCCACUGAGGCAGGUUUUGAACGAGAGUUCCUGUAGAAUUUUGGAUUGGUCUGGCUCAGAAAAAACUCGCUAAGGCAAUUCGCAGAGAAAGUGUAUUUUCAGGCCUUCAGACUUUUCAAGACAAGGUUCAAGAGAGUAAUUGUCUGGCUACUCUAGGAAUUCUUGCAUUUCUGGGAAGAAAAACAAGAUUAUUCUUGUCAGGAAUGGGAAUAAAGGAUCUUGAUGAGCAAGUUAAGGACUUCCUCAGGUAGUAGCCGAUGAAAUUGGAUGGAUUGAUUUUUAUGCUGCAUUUUCUUUCGAAUUCAAGCAAGAGAGAAGAAGAUCCAAACCGCGUGCCAUCCAAGCAGAGAAAGAGAUUAUUUUACAUACUGUUUUUACGGUUUGCUAUAAUGUUUUCUCUGGGUUUGUGCAUUUCAGCAGUUCAACUCAGCAGCCCUUAAAUGCAGACUUGUUGGCAUUCUUGCUCCGAAGUGAGAGCCUGCUUACUAGUUGUCUGGAAGACUACUGGGCUGCCUAUAAUAGAUCAGGGUAUGAUAAUGCCGAUUUCUCAAGCAGUCAGCUGCAGAAGAUUGCAGAAAGAAAUGCCUUUGACCCAACACAAUCCAUUGGAACUAAAAGCACUACAAGUUCAUCUCUAACCUUGGAAGCACAACAGAAGGUGACUGACUUAAUGGCAAGGGGAAAUCCAAAAAAAAUACCUCAGUCUGGGAAUAAACUGAGCAAGGCUAGCUGCAAAGUGGGGACAGAGACAAGAACCCUGGUGGAGGCAGGAAGGACAGUUGAAUCAGAGGCUCUACAUCAAAAUUUACUCAGGAAAUCCAGCAUGAAGUUGAUAUCUACAAGCUCUGAUAUAUGGAUGGGCACUCAGCUGCUCUUCAUAGACAUCAUGGCUUCUCUGGAGCUCCUGCUAAAGCAAAUGCGUGGCCGCAGGAUUACAGAAAGGGAAAGAAAUAAACUAAAACAAACACUAGUUGAUAUUGCUUCACUUAUCCCAGUUACAAUUCUAAUGCUGCUCCCUGUAUCUGUUGUAGGGCAUGCGGCCAUCUUAGCAGCUAUAAAGAAGUACGUGCCAUCCUUGAUCCCAUCCCCUUAUUCCUCCGAGCGACUGGAUGUUGUAAAACAAUUGAAAAGAAGCAAGAAGAUGGAAGUUCAGACACUGAGCAACCAAGAGGAUGCAUCCUCUGCUAUCUCAAAAAUAAAUGGUUGAUGCUAACGUGUUGUCCAUUGAUCACUUGAACAUGACAUGCAAACAUUUCUAUGAACAUGUGGAUGCUUACAUAUAUUCAUUGGUGAUGAUCAAAUUCGUAUUG